ACGACUGGCAGCCAACUGAAGCGGUUGCAAUGCAGCUCCAUAAGCCAGUUGCCGCAUUGUGGUGGUUUCUUCUUGUUUCAUCUGUGGUGCAAGCGCAAGAUUUUCUACAGGAACAACCUGCCUUUUUUAAGCCAUGCUCUUUAAAGGAUACAAACAGUGGACCUUGCUUAUCGGCCACAAUAGAAAACAUUUUCCAGCAAUGGCGUAAUGGUGUGCCUGGGCUGCGUGGCGUUGGCGCCUUGGAUCCUUUUCGAGUCGGCAAAAUUCGUAUAGCUCAGCGUGUGCCACCAAAUUUGGAUGUGCAGGUGGCCCUGAGGAAUAUGAGCACAAUGGGUCUGAGCCGGGCCAAGAUACUCAAUGGAACCACGCUGUUCAACUCCGGUCACUAUUCACUUGGCUUUCAUGUGCACCUCUCACAAAUUGGCAUCACUUGCAACUACAAACUGAAGGGACACGUUCUGGUGCUGAAUUUGAACAGCUCUGGCAUUCUGCGCUCUGAGUUGGAUAAUCUGGAGUUUUAUGUGGCACUGAAAAUGAAACCACAGCUGGUAAAGGGAUUGACGUUCAUGAAUGUCACUGCCAUUAAGACGGAUAUUGCACGCAUUGACAGGGUUCGGGUGAACCUCACAAAUCUAUUCAACGGCAAUAAGGAACUCGAGAGUAGCGCCAAUGAACUCUUCAAUGAGAACUGGCGUGUUCUGUUCGAGGUGCUGCGCCCGGUGUUGACGCAAACCUUUGAUGCGGUCCUACUGGAUCGAUUCACCAAGAUCUUUAACUAUGUGCCAGCAAAGUUUUUCUUCGCGGAUUUUGCGUAGCAUUUAUUUAUAUGGCUUAAUUAAAUAAGUUGUUAGAAUACAAAAUCAUCAUGUUCACAAAAAAAAAAAAACAAAAACCAAAAAAAAAAA